GAUUACACCAUACACUUGUGGAUGGAUACUGUUUCUUCUGUGGAAAAAUCGUGAUUGCGAUCAAUCUUGAGUAACCGGCUCUGGUGUGAUCUAAAUGUGGAAAUAUACACUCUAAACCAUAACUCUUCUGUUCCAAAUGUACAGCCAAAUCCGGUUUUACGCGUAAAAAAAGUGAUAGUGUUUUUCUUAAGUGAAGAUGACAAAUUACAAAAAGUUCUACUAGAAACAUACGGUGCACCGUAGACGAAUGCGUGUGUGGUGAAUGAGCUGCAUCCCAAAGAGCAAUAUAACAGCCUUUAUCUACUAUAGUCCGUUGACAAUUCCCAUCGCAAAAACUACACAAACUCUAUGACUCAAAGCAACCAUACACACACGCAAUAAUCAUCAGUAGUGAAAAUGAACAGCGCACGCCACCGGCUGAUACGCGGCCUGAAUAGAUUAGCAUCCACGUCGGCAAAAUCAGCCGCACCGUCGACUUCCGCGGCCAGCACCACAAGCCCUGCGGCGACUAAAUCACAGACCAACAGCCGACAAAUUCCCAGCUCCAGCUAUGCCACAUCGACAUGUCCCCACAUGGUAGAUGUCGAUACAGCGGCAUCCGUCACGGGGCACCUCCAGUCGCCGAUAGUUCAGCAAGCACCACAGGUCAUCACGCUCGAGAAUGCCCGACCAUAUUCGGAGGUUCCGGGCCCGAAGCCUCUUCCCAUCCUCGGAAAUACCUGGCGCGUCUUCCCUAUCAUUGGUCAGUACAAAAUCUCCGAUGUGGCGAUGAUUUCAUUCCUGCUGCAUGAGCACUACGGCCGGAUCGUGCGACUAGGAGGCCUAAUUGGACGGCCUGAUCUGUUGUUUGUUUAUGACGCCGAUGAAAUCGAGAAGGUCUACCGUAACGAGGGACCAACACCGUUCCGCCCGUCGAUGCCCAGUCUGGUAAAGUACAAAAGUGAGCUGAGGAAAGAUUUCUUCGGAGAUUUACCCGGCGUCGUUGGAGUCCAUGGUGAGCAGUGGCGAGAGUUUCGUUCAAGAGUCCAAAAACCGGUUCUCCAGUUAUCCACCGUCCGGCGUUACGUAGCACCCUUGGAACAGGUGACCGAAGAUUUCAUCGACCGGUGCAAUCAACUACUGGAUCAGAACAACGAACUGCCCGAUGAUUUCGACAAUGAAAUCCACAAAUGGUCCCUCGAGUGUAUCGGUCUGGUGGCGCUGGAUACUCGCCUGGGUUGUCUUGCGGGCGAUCUGAAUCCAAAGUCCGAACCUCAGCAGAUUAUCAAUGCCGCCAAGUACGCACUUCGGAAUGUAGCCACUUUGGAGCUGAAAGCUCCCUACUGGAGAUACUUCCCAACGCCAUUGUGGUCGCGAUAUGUCAACAACAUGGACUAUUUUGUGAAAAUUUGCAUGAAAUACAUCAAAAGCGCCACCCAACGAAUGAAUCAAAACGAAGGACGUGCGCUGGAGGGUGAGCCCUCGCUCCUGGAACGUGUCAUCAAGAGCCAGAAUAACGAACGGCUCGCUGUUGUUAUGGCGCUGGAUUUAAUCCUGGUCGGAAUCGACACUAUUUCGAUGGCCGUCUGCUCGAUCCUGUACCAAUUGGCAACCCGACCGAUGGAGCAACAGAAAGUGUACGAAGAGCUCAAGCGAAUCAUACCGGAUCCGAGCACACCGCUUACCAUACAGUUAUUGGAGCAAGCUCACUAUUUGAAGGCAUUUAUUAAGGAAGUUCUGCGAGUCUACAGUACUGUGAUUGGCAACGGGCGUACACUUCAAGAGGACACCGUUAUCUGUGGCUACAGAAUUCCGAAGGGGGUCCAAUGUGUAUUCCCCAAUCUGGUCACCGGCACGAUGGAACAGUACGUGACAGAUGCGAAGAGCUUCAAGCCGGAGCGCUGGCUGAAGCCAAAUCAGGGCGGAACCGGUGACAAUCUGCAUCCGUUCGCAUCGCUGCCAUACGGUCACGGAGCCCGAAUGUGCCUGGGGCGCCGCUUUGCCGAUUUGGAAAUGCAAAUACUGCUGGCUAAGCUGCUCCGCUCGUACAAACUCGAGUACCAUCACAAGCCGCUGAAAUAUGUCGUCACUUUUAUGUACGCACCAGAGGGGUCACUCAAAUUCAAGAUGACGCCUCGAGAGUCAUAGAUGUGGAGUGUAAUUAUUGGCUGCCUUGUUGUGUGGUAUUUAUUCUCAUCCUAGGUGGAAGAACUGCCAAUUUUACUGUGUAUAUAAUCAGUUACUAUAUUUUAUCUCUUUCAAAUUUGUAUCUAAUAAAAACGGACCUAUCAUCAAAGAAACAUGAAUGAGUGAACGUGGCUAAGAUGGUAUCGAACAGCCUUCAAUAUAU